UUGAUCUUGCACUUCAGCUCAAGGACCUCAAAGCAGCUUAUGAGCUGGCACAUACAGCACAAGCUGAUGAGAAGUGGAAGUCAUUAGGAGAGCUAGCAAUGACACAGUGUCAGUUUGGUUUAGCCCUAGAGUGCCUCCAUCACGCUAAGGACUACAGUGGUCUCCUACUACUAGCUACUAGUGCUGGAGAUGCUGGUACCCUAGCUAAACUAGCUGAAACUACAUCUGAAGCUGGAAAGAAUAACAUAGCUUUUACUGCUAACUUCUUACUAGGAAGAUUGGAGGUGUGUCUCGAUAUUCUCAUUUCAACUGGUCGAUUAGCUGAAGCUGCUCUCUUUGCUAGAACAUACCUACCAAGUCAGAUAUCAAGGACAGUCAAAUUAUGGAAAGAGAACUUAUCUAAAGCCAACACGAAAGCUGCUCAAAGUUUAGCCGACCCAACAGAAUAUGAGAACCUUUUCCCCGAGCUCCAGUCUGCCCUCAAAGCCGAAGACUUCAUCAAAGAAGAGAGAGAGAACCUUCCGCCGGCUUCAGAGUACCUCAAAGCAACACCGGUCGGUGAUCGUAAUGUUAUUGAGGAGAUGUUAUCUGGUCCUGUCCGUGCUCCUGUUAAUAAUGGUGAUGGCGAUGAAAUAAAUUUAGAUUUAAGCGACGAAGAUCUGCAAGAUGUUGACACAGAAGGUAUCAAUCUUGAUGAUGAAGAGGAUUUGCUAGGAGACUAACUUUAAACUGUUUAUUUAAUUAUAAUAAUAAAAGAAAUAAUAAUAAUUGUGUUAUUAUUAUUGUUAUUGUUAUUAUAGGUGA